GGGCCCAGCCGCGCGGGGUCUCCAAUCUGCCAUUUUCUGUCCACGAAUAAGUCUCUGGCUUUCCAAAUUCUCUCUGUUUUUCUCACAGGCACUACCCCGUCCGCUGGCCCACCACCUCAGGGGAACGAUGGCCGCAGAGUCCACAGCCACUGCCGCCAUCACCGCGGAGCUGGUUUCCGCCGACAAAAUUGAAGAAGAUGCCCCUGCUCCUUCUACCUCUACGGAUAAAGUGGAGAGUCUGGAUGUGGAUAGUGAAGCUAAGAAACUAUUGGGUUUAGGACAGAAACAUCUGGUGAUGGGGGAUAUUCCAGCAGCUGUCAAUGCCUUCCAGGAAGCAGCUAGUCUUUUAGGUAAGAAGUAUGGAGAGACAGCUAAUGAAUGUGGAGAAGCCUUCUUUUUCUAUGGGAAAUCACUUCUGGAGUUGGCAAGAAUGGAGAAUGGUGUGUUGGGAAAUGCCCUGGAAGGUGUGCAUGUGGAAGAGGAGGAAGGAGAAAAAACAGAAGAAGAAACUCUGGUAGAAAAUAAUGAUAACAUAGAUGAGGAAGCAAGGGAAGAGUUGAGAGAACAGGUUUAUGACGCCAUGGGAGAAAAAGAAGCCAAAAAAACAGAAGACAAGUCUCUGGUAAAGCCUGAAACGGAUAAAGAACAGGAAACUGAUAUGGAGAAGGGUGGAAGAGAAGAUAUGGAUAUAAGUGAGCCUGCAGGGGAACUACAGGAAAAAGUUGAAUCAACUCCAGAUCAGUUAACUGAAACCACUAAAGAGGGAAAAGGAACAGCAGCACCAGAAGGACUGAAUGAAGCUGAAAUCACUUCUAAGAAGCCAGAGCAGGAAACACCAGAUGCUGAGGAAGGAAAAUCAGUUUCUGGAACUGACGUCCAAAAAGAGUACAGAGAAAAAGGAGGUCAGGGAGAAGUAAUUGUGAGCAUAGAGGAUAAACCAAAAGAAGCUUCAGAAGAGCAACCUGUUGUGACUCUAGAAAAGCAGGGCACUGCAGUGGAGAUGGAAGCAGUCAAGCCAGUGGAUGUGGGUGGGGAUGAGCCAAAGGAGCAGGUAGCUGUCUCUGCAAGUGAGCCAGGAAAGGCUGUCCUUGAGCAGUUGGUAGGGCAAGAAUUGCCUCCUGCUGAAGAGUCACCAGAGGUGACAGCACAGGCUGCAGAGGCCUCAGCUGCAGAAGCUGGAUCAGAAGUCUCUGAGAAGCCUGGGCAGGAGGACCCAGUUCUCCCUAAGGAUGGUGCAGUCAAUGGACUAUCAGCUGCAGGGGAUCACACUCCCAAUGAACCGAAGACUAAUGCAGGAGGACGGACAGAAACAAAAGAUGGCUCAGGACUAGAGGAGAAGGCCAGGGCAGAGUUGGUUCCUAGCCAGGAGGAGACUAAGCUGGCUAUAGAAGAGUCUGAGGCAGCUGGAGAUGGGGUUGAGACUAAGGUAGCCCAGGGGGCUACUGAGAAAUCCCCUGAAGACAAAGUUAAGAUAGCUGCUAAUGAAGAAACACAAGACAAAGAAGAACAGAUGAAAGAGGGUGAAGAAACCGAGGGCUCAGAAGAGGAGGAUAAAGAAAAUGACAAGGCAGAAGAAACACCAAAUGAUUCACUUCUUGAAAACAAGUCUCUUCAAGAAAAUGAAGAAGAGGAGAUUGGGAACCUAGAGCUUGCCUGGGAUAUGCUGGAUUUAGCAAAAAUCAUUUUUAAAAGGCAAGACACAAAAGAAGCUCAGCUGUAUGCUGCACAGGCACAUCUUAAACUUGGAGAAGUUAGUGUUGAAUCUGAGAAUUAUAUCCAAGCUGUGGAGGAGUUCCAGGCUUGCCUAAACCUGCAGGAGCAGUACCUGGAAGCCCAUGAUCGGCUCCUUGCAGAGACCCACUACCAGCUGGGCUUGGCCUAUGGGUACAACUCUCAGUAUGAUGAAGCAGUGGCACAGUUCAGCAAAUCUAUUGAAGUCAUUGAGAAGAGAAUGGCUGUACUUAAUGAGCAUAUGAAGGAGGCCGAAGGAUCACCUACUGAAUAUGAGAAAGAAAUUGAGGAGCUGAAGGAGCUGCUACCUGAAAUUAGAGAGAAGAUAGAAGAUGCAAAGGAGUCCCAGCGUAGUGGGAAUGUAGCUGAAUUGGCUCUGAAAGCAACUCUGGUGGAGAGCUCUACUUCAGGUUUCACUCCUAGUGGAGGAGGCUCUUCAGUCUCCAUGAUCGCCUGUAGAAAGCCAACAGAUGGUGCUUCCUCAUCAAAUUGUGUGACUGAUAUUUCUCACCUUGUCAGAAAGAAGAGAAAACCGGAGGAAGAGAGCCCCCGGAAAGAUGAUGCAAAGAAAGCCAAACAAGAGCCGGAGGUGAAUGGAGGCAGUGGGGAUGCUAUCUCCAGUGGAACUGAAGUUUCGGAAAACAUGGAGGAGGAGGCUGAGAAUCAGGCUGAAAGCCGGGCAGCAGUGGAGGGGACAGUGGAGGCUGGAGCUACAGUUGAAAGCACUGCAUGUUAAGAGAGGGAGCAGAGCCUUCCUCCCAAUGGAAAGUUUUUGUAUAUAAUGUAUUUUUUCACUUUUGGGGGAUUCUUUUUGUAUAACUUCAAUAAAGAUUGUAAGCAAA